AGGACUGGAGGCAAGGUUUACCACUAUCCCCAUGAGCUAGUAGAACUUCGAAAAAAGCGCUGGGAGGAGGCACAGGCAACGUGUGUAUCCUGGCUUUGCCAUGCACUCAUGACGGUCUAUUCGCUGAUGUGGAUAACAUUAUAAUGGAAUAUAUUUGAAGGAAAAUGAA